UCAUGCUGCUGCCAGGUCCAGAGUGUCUCAUGGGUCCCUGUACGGCCUCCCAUUGCUGCUGUCUCCAUCGCCACACUCUGCCAUGUGCCACUUUCAGGUCUCCUCACACUGCUGGUGGGUUCCAUUUUGUCAUAGGGUGCUGGCAGAUUACGGGCCUCCCAUUGCUGCUGCCAGGCCCGUAAUCUGCCAUGGGCCCCUGUACCGCCUCCUCAUGCUGCUGCCAGGUCCAGAGUGUCUCAUGGGUCCCUGUACGGCCUCCCAUUGCUGCUGUCUCCAUCGCCACACACUCUGCCAUGUGCCACUUUCAGGUCUCCUCACACUGCUGGUGGGUUCCAUUUUGUCA